AUGUCUCAUACCCGGACCAUCUUGAGCUACAUCCACCAAAACAGCCCGAACAAGCUGCCGGUUUCCGAGCAUAAGAACACGAAUAAGCCGCUCAAGUCGCCGUCCGUUGUGGUCGAAAGGACUACCGACUUGAAGCCCAGAACGCCCCUUUCCAGGAGGACCUUCUUCAAUGAUUGUACCGACAGCUCACUCAAGGAGUCCAAGAACUCCAUCAGAGACUCUUUGAGGUACAGCGUGAAGGCUUACACGAGUAUAGAGGCCAAUCUUUACCACAUGCGCCAUCUUCUAGCGGCCGAUGAUGCAAACAGACAGGUGCACGUGGCCACCACCAUGGUCCCAGAGCCAGAGGUGAGACCCAGUCUUCGCCACAUGACCGGAUCUCCUUCGAUCUUGGUCAAAAAGGAAAGCUUGGCACGCGACCGUUUUGUUGACCAGUUGCGGGAGAUCAUCUCGCGUUGUUUGCAAAGAAAGCUUGGAUUGACCAAUGAGCAGAUGCAUACGGAGUUGGUCAAGGAGGCCUUGACAUACUCCAACAACUUGUUGCUUCAGGAUAUGAAGCUGGCGUCGACGGAAGAGCUCUGUCUGGAGUUUCUGAACUUGAAAGCAGCUGACGACAUGAGAGAGUCCUUCGACGACCUCCCGUGUGACUUCCUCGACAAGUACGAGCUUCUAGCGCUUGACCACUUUGAAGAUAUGAUUUUCGAAAGCGCCACAAACUCGCUUGGGUGGGCUCACGAUAGCGGAACCCUCCACGACCCCAACUCGUAUCAAACAUUCAAAGACAUCUGGAUGCUUGACCCACCCAACUUCACCGAAUUUGACGUGCACACGUUCAUUGAAGACGUGCUGGAGGGCAACGACCGCCAGUUCUCGUUCAACUCAUACAAGGAGCUGUUCAUGAACCGCUUCGGCGAAAGUGCCAUCAAGAUGAACAUUCUCCGGUACUACUACACGUAUCGUCUGGAGUUCUAUACACAGCAGCGGGCCCGCAAGCAGCUACCGUCGGGAACCCUCAGCGAGAUGCCAGAGUUUGAUGCCCUACUGAGGCUGGUGGAGCAGUUCCAUGAUCUGAUAGAGGGCGAGGACCGCCUGAGACCCCGCAAAUCGUUGCGGUUCGCCGACGAAAUGUAG